UAGAAUUUGGGCGAGCAGUCAGCACCAAUCACGCUGUUUCUGUUGACUUCUACUCCUACCAGAUGCUACAGUACCUCCCGUGGGCCCCCACACUCCUACUGCUUCCCAGUGGGCCCCCAACCAGUCCACCAUCUGCUCUGUUCCUGUGCAAGUCUGUAACCAACGCUACUGACCACCAUGGACACUUGGACAUAUCACAGCACAAAACAUUCCUCGCUCCAUCUUCCGCUCCAGUCUCCAUUCCCCAGCUCGUAGUAGUAGCUGCCUUCCUUUACACUAUAAAUUCCCCUACCUUACACACAGAUGUGUCCAAGUGCUCAUCAACACCGCCUGACUCAUCCAGUGUGAGGCCGUGAGGGUGAGUGAACCCUGUAGCGGCAGUCAUGAAGGAGAGGGUGAGGCGGCGGCGCAUCCCGGCGUUCGGGGAGUGGAACUACGACGGCGACGGCGACCUUGGCGGUGGCGGCGGCUGCUAUGGCUACGGCUACCGCGACGGCGACUGGCCGGUCACACAGUACUUCGACUCCGCCAUGCAGGCCCGCGGCCUGGUCAUCUCCCUGCCGCCCUCACCAAAACCACCCAAGAAGGCGGUGAAGUGGAUUGACAGCGGCGCACUUGGGGAGGAGGAGGUGGUGGACGAGAAGCAGAGGCAGAGGCAGCACAAGGUGGUGGUGGGGCUGGCGGUGGCAGGAGGAGAGCACGGGGCGGCGAGGAAGCAGGGGAAGCAGAGCAGAGUGGCUGACGGCGGGGCCCAUGCGGCGAUGGGCUACAAGGGGUGCAGGCCGGCGGUGGUCAAGGCCGUGGACCGGGACCUCUACGAGAUCCCACCCGACAUGCUCUGCAACAAGCCAAGGAAGAGGGUGACCAGGAGCCUGUGGAUGGGGUGCCUGGGACUCAGCUGCGUUGCCUAGGGAUCUCACCAGAUAGAUCGAUCGAUCACACAUACCAAACCUGCCUUGUUUUGCGUGUCGUUGUAAAGUGAAGCAGAAACCCAUGGACGGACCCCAUCGUGAUCGAUGCAUGCUGUCACCACGGUCGCACGGCCCAAACUUUCCCAUUCAUCUAUCUCCCUCACCUGUCUCAGCAGCACUAGUGUUUGGUUGGUGUCUCUCUGUGCGUUUUAGGAGUAGUAGUAAAAUGAGAUGGACAUGGACAUGAUGUGUCCGGCAGCGUCAUUUCCUCGUGCCAAAGACCACUCGAGUGCUGCCUCUCUCUCUCUCUCUCUCUCCCCUUUUGAUCUUUUUCCGAUGUGUUUUUUUUUUGUAGCCUCUGCUUGGUUGGUGUCCCAUGAAAUUACGGAGGCAGCUCGGUGAAAUGUGGUUAUAUGGGUUGGUGCCUUGGUGGACACUCGACACUGAUGAGUAGCAGUGGAAAAAGGUUGAUGUAAUGGAACGCUGUAGUCUCAGCUCAGGGGACUUGUGCCGCCCGUGGUGAAAAGAAAGAAAGGAAGAAAGCUUUCUGUUGAUCCAUGUCUUGCUAGUACUACUACAAAUAUGUGUUUAUAUAGGCCGAGUUUAGUUUUAAA